GAGAGCGACUGUGUUAGAGAGAGUGCUUAACAAGCUUGUGGAGGUGCGUUUAUAAUGUGAUUUUUAAAUGUAGGACACGUCUGUUCUCCAAGAGCAAGUUGGUAAAACUCUAUGUGAAGUUAGUGCUUUCCAGAAUGGGACUCCAGGAGGAGGUACAGGCUCUGACACCUUUAGGAGGGGCCGAGAGAAGAGGAGAGGCUGAGCUGGGAGUUGUUAAGAACAACGUGGGUGAGGAGGAGGACGACGACGAAAGACGAGAGGCGGAUCAGAGGGAGGAACGCAGAGAAAGCCCGGGGCAGAGGAGGAGCGCAGUUGGAAAGCCCAACAGGUGGCUUUACCUGAGCGGCACAGGGAAUGGGGGGUGGAGGAAAGGGGAAGUACUAGGAAUGAGGACAGACCGGUUACCACCUUUCCACCAGGACAGCUGUGUGCAACAAGCGUCUGUGGAAUACUUCGACUUGGCUGGGGUAGACAAAGCAUGGACCGAAGAACUCAAUCCCAUUAAGGAACUAAAUUGUAAGGCUGUUUUUGUGGAAAAUGCCACAGAACCUCAUGUGGUGGUCUUGCGAAGGCCUGCACAUGGGCUUCAGCUCCUGGGCAGCAGAAGAGCGCUGAGCAUGUUCGUGUUUCCAGACCAAACCCCAGCAACCAGCCACCAAGACAGUUCUACAAGGCCUCGAAGUGAUUGUAUGUUGGCAGUUACCAACUCGAACAACAAUCUUCUGCCAACCUCGACCCCAAGCAAGCAAGGUUGCCCGGAUGUGGUCCAGCGGUGUAGGACAAGACGUGCAGAGCUUCGUGCAAUAGAUGGUCUAAAACUCGACAUGCCGCCUUCUGUUAACCCGUUUCGUCAUCCACUAGAACCAUCAGUAUAUCGAAAUUUGAAGAGCAAGAACAAACCACGGCCCGUUAGCAUGACCGUUCUUGAGCUCAAUAAAGAACGCGGCGGAUCCCGAGAUGAGCUCGCAAGCCACGCUUCUACUGGGACUGGUAGUUUGCCUCGUCCAGGCUUCCGAUGGAGGUGGUUUGGUCGACAGGCGACUGCAAAGGAAGUGACGGUGAAACAAACAAGGAUGAAGGAACCUAACAAGUUGGAGGAACCAAAGACAACAUUCGGAUCACUCCGGAGGAGCUUGAGUCUAAGGAUGAGGCGGAAUCGGAAUCAACCCGAGCUGGAGAACCGAACUGAGCGGAGACGUACUUCAAGUAUUGGAGAACAAUCUAUGCAAACCACUCGCCCGUUCUCCUAUCUCACCGGCAGGAUGUUAACGCCAGCUCGAGAGCAAGAUGAGGAUCAAGGAGCCACUCAGUACAUACAGUACCAAACUCAGGGCAAGGUGGCAGUCUUGGAGGUCCCUCUCCGUCCUGCCAAGCUUACAAAGCCCACCAAACAAUUGCAACCAGAGACUAGUUUCUGGCAGCUAAUUGCUCGUCGUUUUAAGAGGAAAGACCCGUUGUCCAGCAACAAAUCUGAGCCGUGCACUGAAAGCCAAGCAGUUGGCAGCCACCCCCCUGUGAGAAAUAAAAAGCCAGAUUCUGUUGCUAUAGAGACUCUAGCUGGCAUUGGUUUGCGCAAAGGUCAAGAUUCCUUCGUUAACAGUCAGGAAUGGACACUGAGUCGAUCAGUACCAGAGCUCAAAGUGGGCAUCGUGGGAAACCUGUCCAGCGGGAAGUCGGCGUUAGUUCAUCGGUAUCUGACAGGAACAUAUGUCCAGGAGGAGUCGCCCGAGGGAGGGAGGUUUAAAAAGGAGAUUGUGGUGGAUGGACAGAGUUAUCUCUUGCUGAUCAGGGAUGAAGGCGGCCCACCAGAACUGCAGUUCGCUGCAUGGGUGGAUGCAGUGGUGUUCGUCUUCAGCUUGGAGGACGAGAUCAGCUUCCAGACAGUUUAUAACUACUUCCUGCGUCUUUCCAGCUACAGGAACACGGCAGAGGUUCCCAUGGUGCUGGUGGGGACGCAGGAUGCCAUCAGCGCUGCCAACCCGAGAGUGAUAGAUGACGCCCGGGCUCGAAAACUGUCCAACGACCUGAAACGCUCCACGUAUUACGAAACCUGCUCCACCUACGGUCUUAACGUCGAGAGAGUCUUUCAAGACGUUGCUCAGAAAGUGGUGGCGCUGAGGAAAAAACAGCAGCUUUCGAUUGGUCCGUGUAAAUCUCUGCCCAACUCUCCCAGCCACUCGUCAGUUCCGUCCGCGUCCAUCCCCUCGGUACACAUCAAUCAGGCUGCUAAUGGAGGAGGCGCGUUCAGCGAUUACUCCUCCUCCGUUCCCUCCACCCCCAGCAUAAGCCAGAGGGAGAUGCGCAUCGAGACGGUGGCCGCCUCCAACACUCCCACACCCAUCCGCAAGCAGUCCAAACGGCGCUCCAACAUCUUCACAUCACGGAAAGCCAGUGAUCAGACAAAGAGCAUUGAGAGUAAAACUGACAGUAUAGGGAGUGGAAGGGCCAUACCCAUCAAACAGGGGAUUUUAUUAAAACGAAGCGGAAAGUCGCUUAAUAAGGAGUGGAAGAAGAAAUACGUCACUUUGUGUGACAACGGUCUGCUCACGUACCACCCCAGUUUACACGACUACAUGCAGAACGUCCACGGUAAAGAAAUCGAUUUGCUGCGGACGACGGUGAAGGUGCCUGGGAAGAGACCGCCCAGAGCGGUGGCGACGGUCGCCCCUACAGCCAGCCCCAAAACCAACGGACUGACCAAAGACCGCAGCACUUUACAACUCGGCAUCGGGGCCACAAGCACUCCUCACUCUAACAGCAGCAGUUCUCUGCAGUCCGGGGGCUCGGCGGCUGGCGUGGCUUUGGGCACCAGCAAAGAGGGCAUGCACCAGCGCUCGUUCUCCGUGUCCAGCGCAGAACAGUGGAGUGAGGCCGUUAUCAGCACCGCAGCAGCCAAUGGGAUGUCAGAUCCUCUCAGCUCCGCCCCUGGCAUGAGCAGCGCCACCAGUCCCAAACUUGAGCCUCCGCCAUCACCUCACGCCAACCGCAAGAAACACAGACGGAAAAAAAGCACAGGCAUCACCAAACCAGACGGCCUUUCUGCGGGGAAUGAAGAGCAAGAGGAGUCGUUUGAGUUCAUCAUCGUGUCCCUGACGGGUCAGAUGUGGCAUUUCGAGGCGUCAACGUUUGAGGAAAGAGAGCUCUGGGUUCAGGCCAUUGAGAGCCAGAUAUUUGCCAGUCUACAGUCCUGUGAGAGCAGCAAGAACAAGUCUCGAUUAGGAAGCCAAAGUGAUGCAGUGACCAUCCAGUCCAUCAGGAAUGAGGGGAACAGCUUCUGUGCAGACUGUGACGCCGCCAAUCCGGACUGGGCCAGUCUGAACCUGGGCGCUCUGAUCUGCAUCGAGUGCUCCGGGAUGCACAGGAACCUGGGCACGCAUCUGUCCCGCGUGCGCUCUCUGGACCUGGACGACUGGCCCGUGGAGCUCAGCAUGGUGAUGACGGCCAUCGGGAACGCCAUGGCUAACAGCGUAUGGGAGGGCUGUGUGGAGGGAUACACCAAACCCGGGGUGGACAGCACCAGGGAAGAGAAGGAGCGUUGGAUCCGGGCGAAGUACGAGCAGAAGUUGUUCCUGGUGGGUCUCCCUCAGUCAGACGUGCCGCUGGGACAGCAGCUCCUGCGGGCCGUGGUGGAGGACGACCUGAGGCUGGUGGUCCUCCUGCUGGCCCACGGCACCAAAGAAGAGGUCAACGAGACGUACGGCGACGGAGACGGACGCACCGCCCUGCACCUGUCCUGCGCCAUGGCCAACGUCGUGAUCACGCAGCUGCUCAUCUGGUACGGCGUGGACGUGAAGAGCCGCGACGCCCGCGGUCAGACGCCCCUGUCCUACGCCCAGCGAGCAGGAAGUCAGGAGUGCGUAGACAUCCUCAUCCAACACGGUUGCCCCGGCGACGGCGGCGGACUGUCGACGCCCACGGCAACCCGACACAACCCCAACGUCAACAACAACGCUCAGUGCGAGCUGAACCGUAGUGUUAGCAUCAUGUGAUCGUGGCCCGCAGUGUCUCUAGUGUCUCAAAGAUGUUGAUGUUCCCAUAGAUGCUGCUCUCGUUAAAUGGCAUCCCCUCCCUCAGCAGUACAGUACGUCUUUAUUAGGAAACCGUGCGUAGUGCCACGUGUCACGUAAACCCAUUACCUUCAUGACGACUUCCUGUGACCGAUGUUAGCGCGCAGCGCGAAUUAGCAGUGUUAACAUUAUCAGUGUGUGAUAUUUUUAAGCUGAAGAAAAUGACGUUAAGGAUCACUUCUUGUGUGUGUAUAGAACAAAAAACGAAAUGAUGGGCAACAGUUUUUCAGAAAUGAUCUCACGACAUAAAGGAUCCUCUGCUUUUGUUCAUCAGAACAUUAAAUUAUGUUAUUUACUGUCCCUCACGUCAUAACAAACUUACUUUCUUCUGCUGCAUGUAUUUAGAAGAACGUUGGUAACCAAAGUGCUUUAGGUCCCAUUGGCUUCCAUUGUAUUUUUGAUCGAAAAAAACGAAACCGUUUACCGACGUUCUUCAAAAUGCAUUAUUUUGUGUUCCACAGAACAAAUAAUAUAGGUUCAGAAUGACAUGAGGCGGAGUAAAUAAUGAAAUUAAAUCAGUGAUUUUGGUGAAACCUGUUAAAGAACAUGUCUGCGUGCUUCGCCCUAUAAACUAUUAAUAAUAUUUAGGUUUAAUUGAGUGUAAAAUAUUUUUACUUUUAAGUCUACUUUAAAAUGCUGUAUUUCAGCAAAAGGAAUAAUAUUGAUGGAAAUGAACAGUAAAAUAUGAAUUUAAAAAUUCAAUAAUGAAAAUGUUGGUGGAAAAAAAAAAUAUGGCAAUGAAAAAAAAUGUUUUUUUUUUUUUAUUUUAAUGCUAAAUAUUAUUAUAUACAAAUUUUGGGUGACCUGGGCAUGUUUUUGUUAGUUUCACAAAUAUCCAUAAAUUCACCAUUUUCAAACCGAUGCUAAAAAUCAAACAUUUAAGUGCGUUUUUCACUCAAACUUCACUCUUUUAAUAGUUGCGCCACCAUCGUGCCCAUCGAACGAAGCUCAAAAACACUAAGGCUGCUGGGUAACGCGUUACCGUUUGUAGCAUCCGUGCAAUCAAUAAAACAAAACCCAAACCAUCACACUCAUUGCUGUUUUGCAUUUAGCCUCUACGUGAUUGUCUUAGAAAGGCCUGAUUACCUGACGAAUACUGUGUUAUUACGGAUGCCUUGUGCGAAUCGUUUCUGGACCGGCCUCAAGUGGUCUUCUAACUGUUUGACACUGACGUCCCUCUCCUACUUAACGACAGAUCCGUUGAGUAGCGGCAGACGAUACCGACACACUAGAUUACGAAAUAAGACGCUCUCGCUGUCGACUCCUAAUGACCUCCACACUUGUGACGGUGUGGCUGUUUUUGUAUCCAUUAGAAUCCAGGCGUGUGUUUCUAGCUGAAUGGGACGGAUGGGAUGCUGAUGUGGAUUAUGUACAGAUGCGUGUGUAUAAAAUAGCUUUUCCUGCUCCCUCUUGCAGCUAGCUGUGUGUCGUGUGGGCAAUUUCUGGAUGAGAUGGCCGUUACGUACCCAUCUGAAACCUAUCAGCCUUAACCCUCGUUUGCUAGUGUGUACGCCAUCAACUUUUACUUGAAGUAUGAAAUCAUGAUUAGAACUUAAUAUUUGGCACGUGUGAGUUAAAGGGAAAGCCAGAGGAAGACGUCCUUACCCGACAGUAUUUUAAGUUUACAUGUUUUUUAGGUGUUUUACCUUCUAGCAGGUACGUUUUCUUUCUUAUUCCAGUCAGAUUUGUUACACGCAACCCUCAUCUAACUAAGCUUUAGGAGACUUGCCAUCGAUUUUAAAUGCAACGGCUUUUAACAUCCGCGGUUAGUAUUUUAAACCCGUUUUAAUUCUGGAAGCUCAUUUCCGAUGACAUGCAUGGAAAGUUACCCUCUUGAUCUUCAUAAAGUGAACAUGUAUCUUUUUAUUUGUUUGUUUUUUUUAAAUAUACCUUAAGUUUGGGCUCCUGCAUAUUACACGAGGUUGCUUAGAUGAGCUUUUGGGAAUAUGGCAGGUGAAAACGAUAUUAAACACUCGCCUGUCGUCCCUGCGACUGCCGGCUUAUUGAACGCUGGGAUGAGCCCGUUAAGCUCCGCAAGUAGCCCAAUAGCAGAGAGAAGCAUCGUUUUGUUUCGUUUUUUUUUUUUUGGUACCUGGUUUUGGGUCUCAAUGUGUCCACAUUGUCUGGCCGUUAAGGUACUUUGUGUAUUAUAUGUACAUUUGACAUAUUUAUAAAAGCAAGAUGUAAAUAAUUCCUUUUGUUGUUGCUUUUAUUGAGCUGUUUGAUAACUUUUUGUUGUGGUUUCUUUUCAUUUGCCAUCGUUUUUAAAUGCUCCUUUUCCGAAACGCGACGGAGCGCUUUCAUGAGAGUUAGCUGUUGUGUGAUUGGAUGCUUGGCAGGCUAUUGACAUAAUAAACACUCCAAUAAAAUGAUUUAUACCAUGAA